UGCCGCGCGAAGAAGAUCAAAGUUGAACGAGUUUCGGAGCAAAGCAGUCCUUGCGGCGCGCGUUAGUGACACCGAAUUUUUCAUUUUCGCCUCUCCCCCGGUGUGUGACACGGAUAUUGAUCGCGGAUUGACGAACGUCGGGCCGGAAGUGUCUCGAAUUGGGUGAUUAAAAACACGGUGACGAAAAGUGCGACUUUGCGAAGGAUAUUCGCGACUAGAGCUUGGUAGAGGAUUCCGUUCACGGAUUAGGUUCCGGUAGAAGAAGGCAGCAGUAGCACACGACAGGGCAUCACCCUCCAGAUCGUCCCCGAACCGGUCGACCCGCAGCAGCAGCAACACCCGAACCAGCACCAGCAAAAUGAGCGAUCGCAAGGCAGUCAUCAAGAACGCCGACAUGGGCGAGGAGAUGCAGCAGGACGCGGUGGACUGUGCGACGCAAGCCCUGGAAAAGUACAACAUCGAAAAGGACAUUGCCGCGUACAUCAAGAAGGAGUUUGACAAAAAGUACAACCCCACCUGGCACUGCAUCGUCGGACGGAACUUUGGCUCGUACGUCACGCACGAAACGCGUCACUUUAUCUACUUCUACCUGGGACAGGUGGCCAUCCUUUUAUUUAAGAGCGGUUAAGCGGCGCCGGUCAACGCGGAGUGAGGAGGUGCAGGAAGCGCGUGCUUUAACAAGACAAGGAUUUAGGGGAGCGUAGCGCGUUUUGUGUGUAUACAGGAAGAAGAGAGGCAGAAGUCAGGAGAGUAGCAAACAAACACAGCAGCAAAAGCAGCAGCAGCAGCAGAGCAGGAACACAUUCUAUUUACUAUUACUUCUACUAUUAAUGAUUAUUACUACAAUUAAUGAUGCCCAACAACAACAACUCCAGAAAAACAACAUCCCGGAUGGUGUGAGCCAGGCAGCUAUGUGAUAUCCGAGGGAGCUGUGCUGUGUGUGAGAUGGCGCUCCGGCUUCCGGAAGGAACGCGUGGGUCUAGUUCUCAACCAACUCAACUCAAACUUAAGCAAAUCCUUUCGAACGAGACACAGAAGAACCAACCAACCAACACACUCGGUGAAGACAGACAGCGAUUGAGAGAGGGAGAGACGGCUAUAGAUCUUUUAACAAAAACGAUUUAGGAGCACAUUAUGUAUAGACACAUCCAGUGGGAGAGGUAGUAGUUUUUUGAGGAAGAAGAUUCGAUUAUAUUCCAAGCAAAAUUUGCGAAUGAAAUACCUGGGUUUAGAGCAAAUUUAUUGAACCAUAUUAUAAUUUUUUGUUUUGUAAACACACAGGCUUACAAAUUAGUGUGAUGUGUGUUGAAAGCUGCGUAAACGAUCGGUAACUGUUUUGAUUUUUUUUUCUCAUAAUUUUCUUAGUCGCCACAUUGAACUAAUAAAAAAAUAACGAUAACUGGAGGACACAAACACAAA